UGUACUGUCCCCUGUUUGAUGCUUAGAGGAGUCAGAAAGGGAGGCAGAGUUGAACAACGGCGAGGAAAGGGAGGACAGUCGGCGGUACCGAGGGUCACAGGGAUGUACAGUAAACACAGGCAGAAAAAUGCCCAAAUAUCACCGGCAAAAUGUGGACGUUUGUUCGUUUUUCUUUCUUUUCUGUUGCUGAACGGCACACUGGAACGAGCCAGCGGAAACACUGGAGAACAAGGGCUGCGGCGGGGGAGGACAGUGACGGCGCAGUGGCUUUCUCAAGGCCGGACUAAACGGGAAGCAGAGACGUCGACACAGGAAGAGUACCCAGUCAGAGGGGAAAUAGAGCUCUCCUCCAAUGACCUCCAAUUGGUGCUACAAGUGGAACGUAAUCAGGAGCUUUUAGGUCCAGACUUUACCGAGACCUACUACACAGAAGAUGGGCAGUCAGUGACUGUGACCAAUAACAAUUACACUGAUCACUGUUUCUACCAUGGCCAUGUAAAAGGACAUCCAGAGUCCUGGGUGGCUCUCAGCACCUGCUCAGGAGUCAGGGGCUUGAUAGCCGUGAAUUCUAGUGACACCUAUUACCUGGAGCCAAUCAGUGGUGUGGAUCCUCUCCAACAUUCACUGCUGAGUCCAGAGGAACUGCCAGUUAAAGGUGGACACUGCGGCCACAGUCAUCUCACCACACAGUCCAACCACAUCUCCAACCUGCUCAGAUCAUUUCAUUCAAGGGUUAAAAGGAACACCUGGGGUACAACAAAGUACAUGGAGCUGUAUAUAGUAGCUGACAACACACUGUUUAGACGGCAGAAUAAGGAUUAUGAAAAGACCAAGACAAGGAUAAUGGAAAUUGCCAAUUACGUGGAUAAGUUCUACAGGGCUCUGAACAUCCGUGUGCCUCUGAUCGGUCUGGAGGUUUGGACCGACAGGGAUCAGUGUAUUGUCACUGAAGAACCAAAUGCCACCCUCUGGUCCUUUCUCCAGUGGAGACAGAAGUUGAAGUCCCGCAAGAAACAUGACAACGCCCAGCUGCUGACCGGUGUGAUUUUCAAGGGGACAACUAUCGGAAUGGCACCGCUGGAGGGGAUGUGCAGUCUGGAAAACUCUGGAGGCAUCAAUGUGGACCACUCGGAGCUGUCCAUCGGCGCCGCGGCCACCAUGGCCCAUGAGAUCGGCCACAACUUCGGUAUGAGCCACGACCAUGACGGCUGCUGCGUGGAGGCCACCGCUGAGCAGGGAGGUUGCGUCAUGGCUGCCGCCACUGGGCAUCCCUUCCCACGCGUCUUCAGUCGCUGCAGCAAACGUGACCUGGACAGUUAUUUCCAGAAGGGAGGGGGCAUGUGUCUCUACAACAUGCCCAACAUGAAGGACCUGGUGGGGGGCAAGAAGUGUGGGAACGGCUUUGUGGAAGACGGAGAAGAGUGUGACUGUGGAGAACCUGACGAGUGCACCAAUGACUGCUGCAAUGCCAAUAACUGCACCUUGAAGGAGGACGCACAGUGUGCCCAUGGAGUGUGCUGUGAGGGCUGCAAAUUGAAGCAGGUGGGUACCAUGUGCCGGGGGCCAGCUGGGGCAUGUGACCUGCCAGAGUACUGCACCGGGGCCUCUCCUUACUGUCCCGCCAACGUCUACCUGCUGGACGGCUCUUCUUGCCAAUACGGGCUGGCUUACUGUUAUAACGGCAUGUGUCUCACCCACGAACAGCAGUGUCUGCAGCUCUGGGGCUACGGAGCUCGACCAGCCCAUGAUGCGUGCUUUGAAGAUGUUAAUGCAGCAGGUAAUGCUUUUGGGAACUGUGGCAAAGAUGAACAUGGCAACUACAUGAAAUGUGAGAAAAGUGAUGCCAAAUGUGGUAAAAUCCAGUGCCACAGUGCAGCCAAGAAGCCCAAAGGCACCAAUGCCGUGUCCAUCGACACCACCAUCAAGACAGAUGGCAUCGAGGUGAAGUGUCGCGGCACCUACGUCUACAGCACCCAGGAUGGCCAGGGCGACCUGCCAGACCCUGGCCUUGUUAUGACUGGCACCAAGUGUGGAGAGGGCAAGGUGUGCAGAGACCGCCGAUGCCAAAAUGCUUCUUUUAGUGAGCUGGAGACUUGCAUCGCACGCUGCCACGGCAACGGGGUGUGUAACAGUAAUGGGAACUGCCACUGUAAUGGUGGCUGGGCACCACCCUUCUGUGAGAAGCAAGGACUUGGCGGCAGUGUGGACAGUGGACCUGUCCAGUAUGACAGUCAGGUGGGACUGGUGAUGGGCCUGCUGUUUGCCUUCCUGGUCGUCCUGCCUGCAGUGCUGCUGCUGUUCUACUGCUACAAGAUCAAGACUUCAUAUUACCAUAAGUGGCUUUCCCAAAGAGAGAAGAACAAGAGCAACAAGAUGGAGGCAUCGGUGGAGAAAGGGAAAAACGGCCACUUGAAUCCUGCCUUUCACCUGAAGGUGGUCGGGCCAAUCAACAAAGCUAGUGGACACAAGGGGCUUCCUCACACCAGCAAAGAAGUCCUGCCUCUUAGACCAGGCCCUGUGCCCAAUGGCACCCAGCCAGUCAACAUUGUGCGACCUCUGAGACCAGCACCUACUCGCCAGAGUGCACCGCAGGACCUCAAGGUGGUUCGCCCACCUCUACCAACUGGCAAGCCCCCAGCAGCCCCACCGAAAUCUCCGAAAACUCCACAGAGACUCAGCCCACCCAAGAAACCUCUGCCUCUCAACCCUACACGAUCUCCACUGUUAGUUUCUGAGCUGCAGCCCAGACCAUCCCCCUUCCCUCCUCAGAGGCCUCUCCCCCUCAGCCCAGCCAGAGGAGCGUCCCCCAUGGUGAGUCCAGUCCGGACCCAGGUCUCCAAACCUUCCCAAGGUCUGCUGGUCAUGAUGCCCCCGGCAGUGGGACCCAAACCUAUAGGCAAAGUUUCAGCCAUCCCCCCUCUCAGAGCUCUCAGACCAGUCCCAGGUGCCAAACCAAACACAGCCUCGUCUCUGCCACGAAAAUGACCUUCUCCUGCUCCCCUCCACCCUCCGAGGAAGCAGCAGCUGACAGCUUAUUUGCACUAAAGAGACUUUAGCUGGUAAACCACAGAGCUGCCGCACAUACUAGAGGAGGACAAACACAAAGUUAAAACCGGAGAUACGAAAGAACAAACAGGACUCAUGCCAGUUCAGACUUCAAAAUGAAACCUUUCCAAGCUCUCCCCUCCAUUUUGAACCCCUCCAACCUCCUCCUCCCAGCGCUUUAACAUUAACCAUAAUGACGCGGUUUUGCACGGAGGCCUUGCAGACUGAGACAAGUGUUAUCGCUGGGGGGCGGUUACAUUUGCCAAAUGAAUUUUUUUUAAGAUUUUUUUUUUUAAUCUGUUAAUGCUGUCUGUGUAUAAAAAUACAUUUUGUAAUAACCGUUGUUAAGUUUACAGUUUGUUUUAUGUCAUGUUUUAUGAUUUGUGUUCUGUGCCAAAGAGGUUUCUUCAUACCUGGGGUGUGUCCCAAGUGCUUGAAAAUGUUCUUAUGCCACAUUAAGUUUACCACAACUAAUAAUUUAUUGUAUUGUAUGAGGAAUGUCUAAAAUACAAAUCUGGAGGUACAGAGGCCUAUCAAUAGGAAGGAGAGCCAAUCACACAGCAGCUUCUUUUCAACAGUGUUUACAUGGUGGAGGAUUUGACGGUUGCUUGGGGCUUGCAGGACACACCCCGGUCGCUCAUGUUGAUUUGAAUGUCUUUUGCUGUUUGUGACUUUUGAAUUGUUACAUAAAAUAUUUUUACGAAACUA